AUGGCAGGACUUAUCAAAAAUCAACUUGUCAAACAUUUAUCAAAGUGAGUUUUUUAUCAAAUAAUUUAUUGAUAAAUAAAUAAAAUAACCAUUAAAUAUGUACAUAUAAAAAGGAAAAUCGAUUUCAGAUUUACUCGUAAUUUGAAACCGGAACAAAUCUCAUUAGAUGUAUUGAGAGGCAAUAGUAAAUUACAAUUUAUUGAGAUCAAUGAAGAAGUAUUGACUGAUAUUUUGGAAUUACCAACAUGGUUGAGGAUUAAACGAGCAUAUUGUACAGGAGUUACAGUAAAUGUCCCGUGGACACGUUUGAAAUCUUCACCAAUACAGAUUGUGAGUUUAUAUCUGUCUUGAAACAUAUAUUUGAAAACCAAAAAUGCUUUCUUCAGUUUAUCGAUGAGAUUAAUGUAGAUGUAGAAUUAUCAAGUGGACCGCCAGCAAAACGAGGAGAAAAUCCGUUUGGGUAUGUUUUUCUCAAAUACAUUUCUCGGAUAAUCCUUGUUUAUUUUUAGAAAUCUUGGCGAUAGCAAUUCAUAUGGUUUCAUCGAAAAAAAUUGUUGAAAAUAUGUCUUUGUAUAUAAACACAGUGGAGAUCAAUUUUGAUUCGGAUGCUUUUGGUGGAUCUUUUAUGCUUCAAAGAUUAUCAGUAGAAAGUAGAAGUCCAGGAUGGGCACCAGUUCAAGAUUUGAAACAUGCAAGAAUUAAUUGUUCAGUGACAAAUCGCACUUUGAUGUACAAACAGGUAUUAUUUAUUUAUUUUUUGAAACCUUAUUUUUUUUUGAAAUACAAAUAUUUGAAAAAUUAAAAAUUCAGUUGUCAUGGCAUUUGUUGCGAAUCGAAGCAUCUGCAAAAUCAUCAAAAGAUGAAAAACGAUCCAAAAUCAAUGCACCACUUCGUCUUAUAACUUCUGGUGGAAAAAUUCGAAUCGCACUCAAAAAAAGUAGCGUUGAUGGAAAAGUGAUUCACGCUAGAAUUCAGACAAUUUUGGAAGAUAUUUUAUGGGUUGCCACUUUGCCACAACUUCGCUCUGCAAUUUCUUUCGCUUCAUAUAUUAUGAGUCUUGUUCAAGAGUCACAAAAAGAAAUGAUCAUUGUAAGUUUUUUAAUUAAUUAAUUUUCGAAAAUUGAAUUAGAAAAUUGAAGAAAGAAUAUGAGUUUAAAAAAACUCUUAAUUAAAUUUCUAAAAAAAAAUUAUAACAGAUGUGUUUCCAGGUUCCAACACCCUCAGGAUUUUCAAAUCGAUCUCAAGUGAAUAAUACACCAGGUGUAGAUGCAUCCAACUCUACUUUCAAAGCAUUCCAUUUCGAUCAAACUUCCUAUCAUCUUCACGUCAAAAAAAUUGAUCUUCAUCUUUGUGACGAUGCAAAUGCUUCAAGUUGUAUGUUUUUUGAACUUUUGAACAUUUAUUUUCAGAAAGAAAAAUAAUUGGUAUAUUGCAGGCUAUCCUCCUAAUUGGAAUAUUGAAAGUGGAGCAAUGCAAGUGACGUUAUUCCAAGUUUUAAUUGAUGCAUAUCCAAAAGCUCUUGCUAGUUCUGACCGAUCAACAUGGAUGAGAUAUUCAACACCGAAUGCGUUUACAAAUUGGAUGCAUUCAAGAUUAUCUGAACAAUAUAAUGAAAUUAUGAAAGAGACAAAAGGUUUUAAUAUAGAAUGUUGGGAUGGAGAAUGAAACAAAAAAUUCAUUUCAGAUUCCACGCUUCGAACAAGAUUGGAAAGAUGUUGGCCCCAAAUGAUGGGAUUCCAUGUGAUUGUAAGAAUGUUCGAUUUAACGAUCCAGUGUGUAUCUGAUAUGAACACCAAAAAAGAUGCUCUCAAAAAUUUAUUUGUUAGUGAAAGACAUUUGCGAUCUCUUCCCAGUGAUCAACACAUUGUACAUUUCGAGUUUGCAAAUUAUUUCCAUCCAAUGACUGACACACUACCUGUUCCUAAACCUGCCGCUUAUCUACAACUUGGACCAUUUUCUCUAACUUUUGAUGAGCGAACUUUGAGAUGGUGUCUAUAUGUUGCACAUAAUCUUCAAUCUGCAAUUGAAGAUGGAAAAUUGAAAGUUCCAGUUGAUGCAAAUGUCCAAGCUCCAGACCUCCGUUUUGAUCUACUAAUGCCAAAGGUGAGUUUUCGUUAUAUUUGAAAAAUUAUCUUAAUCACCAAUAUUUACUUUCAGAUAAUCAUUCCACUUCCAAAUCCAGUAUCCGAUGCUCGCUUACCUCAUCGCCUUGUUGCUUCAAUGUCUUUAUUAUCUGUAUCUUCCUGUUCAUUCGAAUUCAAUCAAAAAGCCCAUUUCCGAAACUUGCCACAUCUUUGUAAUAAUGUCAAAGUUCAACAUGGAAAUGAGAAAUUCAUACAACAUUUGAAUAAUUUGAAUAAUGCAACCGUGCCGCCAAGUUCAGAGAUAUUGUUUUUGAGAACAUCGCCUGUUUGGAUCGAUACUGAUCAUGGAAAUAAUACGAAGGGCCUCCCAUUGAUUUAUGAUGUGAGUUUUUUUCUAGAAGUAUUCUGAUGAAUAUGUAGAUUGUAGUACCAGUGAAAUAUUGUUUAAAAAAGUAUACUGAACUCUGUUUAAUUCCGAAGUUGUUUAAUCUGAAGAAUAAGUUGCACCCAAUAAGAAAAAUAUGAGCUUUUUUUCAGAUUCCCCUAGUUGGAGGUGCCAUUCUCAAUGCAGACUUCAUCUCAGCAUUCAUCGAGCCAAGUGAAGAAGUCACAGUUAUGAUUGAUCAUUUCCAAUUCCUCCAACUCACCAGACUAUCUGCAAAACUAUCCAGUUUCUUUGAUCUACUUGCAGCCGAUCAAAAGCAUUUUACUGGCGGAAAACCACCAUCCGCACCAACUGUUUCAUUUUUAGCAGUUUUGGAUAAAAUUCGCGCUCAUAUUCUAUUAACAAUGGGACCAAUGCCUUCGCCAUAUGAUGCUUGUCCAGCAGUGACUGAUAUCAAUAAUAGUUUUAUGGAUCGAUUAUCAGGUAUGUUUAUUAUUCCAUUUAUUAUCAUUAUUAUUAUUAUUAAUUGGUACAGUAGAACCUUGA